CGAAAGCGCCGCUCUACGCCAAACGGGCUGCUCUCCGCCCCAACAUGCAGCAGCUAAACAUCACGUCAAUGUGCAUGAUAGCAACCAUAGCCUGCAACAAAAGCAAUUGCGUCCCAAAUCUUUCCCCCAUAAGAGAGCAUUACUGGCUUCCGUAGUUUAAUCCAUUUCCUGCGGUUGGAUUGCCCGCUGCACGCUGCAUCACUUCACCCGCCUCGGUUCAUUUCUGCCAUGGAUGACGGCAGAGAAGCUGAAACCAACCUGAGAGGUGUGUCGGUGGUGGUGCUUCCUCUCCCUGCUUUUGGCCACCUCAACCAGCUCCUCCACCUCGCUCGCCUCCUCUCCGCUCGCGGCGUUGCCGUCCAUUACGCCGGCUCGGCCACCCACAACCGCCAGGUACGAGACCGCGCCCGUGGAUGGCGGCCGGACGCGACGAUCCACUUCCAUGACUUCCCGUUGCCGCCCUUCGCCUCCCCGGAGCCUGACCCUCGGGCUGCUGUCAAGUUCCCCGCCCACCUCCAGCCGGCAUUCGACGCCGCCGUCCACCUCCGGCAUCCUCUCGCCGCCCUCCUCCGCUCCCUCGCGGCCCCCUCUCGCCGCGUCGUCCUCAUCCACGACUCUGCCAUGUCCUUCGCCGCCGCUCUGGCCGCCUCCCUCCCCGGUGUCGAGGCGUUCUCCUUCCACAGCGUCUCCGCCUUCGCCGUCCUCCUCUACCUCUGGGAAUCCUGCGGAAAGCAGCUCGAGGAUCUGAGCCAGCACCAGAUGACGGGCGCCGACUCUGGCCGCUUGCUCAACACCUGUCGCUCCAUCGAGGGCCCAUUCAUCGACCUGCUCAAGGAAGAACCACGGUGGCGCGAGCAGAAGACCUUCGCCGUCGGCCCCCUGAACCAGACAGUCGUCGCCGACGAUGGUACCAGCUGUCGCCACGAGUGCCUGGAGUGGUUGGACCAGCAGCCGCCAUCGUCGGUGGUGUACGUGUCCUUCGGAACGACUUCGUCGUUGUCCGACGAGCAGGUGGCCGAGUUGGCGGCGGGACUGCAGGCUAGCGGCCAGCAGUUCAUCUGGGUGCUGAGAGACGCCGACAGGGCCGACAUCUACGCCGACGAAGGAAUCAGCGACCACGCUUCGGGCGACAAGCUGCUGCCGAACUAUGACAAGGCGGUGCACAGGGCGGGGAGGGUGGUGAGAGGGUGGGCGCCGCAGCUGGAUAUCCUGGCGCACCGGUCCACCGGCGGUUUCAUGAGCCACUGCGGGUGGAACUCGUGCAUGGAGAGCUUGAGCAUGGGCGUGCCGAUCUUGGCGUGGCCCAUGCACUCAGAUCAGCCAAGAAACACCCUGCUCGUGACUCACAUCCUCGGCACCGGCGUCCUCGUGCGCGACUGGGCCAAGAGGAACGAGCUCACGCCAGCAAUGGCGAUAAGGGAUUCUAUCCUGAGGCUGAUGAUUAGCGAGGAAGGGAAGGAGGUGCAGAGGAGAGCCAACGCUGUGGGACAAGCAGUAAGAAAAGCCAUGGCUGAGGGUGGAUCUUCCAAAGCUGAUUUGGAUGCUUUUAUUGCUUACAUUACCAGUUGACAGCAUACUGAAAUCUCAAUAUAUGUCUAUUUAGCUGCA